AUCCAACGGUAACUUGUCUCUGCUUUCAAUGCUCUCUUCCUAACCCAUUAUUCCAACUGUUCUUCACUCAUCCUUUUUCGUUCACCAGAUUGGAUGCUAUUGAAGUGUGUUUUUGAGUGAUAGAAAGAGAGAAUUAGUGUGUGUUUAUAGGGGAAGGGAGAAAUGGAUUUUAGUUCGUUUCUCACUUCAUUGUCUACUUCGUUCAUCAUCUUCGUGAUUCUGAUGAUUUUGUUCGCUUGGUUAUCGACGAAACCAGGGAACGCCGUUGUCUAUUAUCCGAAUCGGAUCCUUAAAGGUAUGGAUCCGUGGGAAGGAAGCAGGUCCAAGACGCGUAACCCGUUUGCUUGGAUCCGAGAAGCUUUAUCUUCCUCCGAGCAAGAUGUUAUCGCUAUGUCCGGUGUCGAUUCUGCUGUUUUCUUCGUCUUCUUGAGCACUGUAUUCGGUAUAUUUGUUCUAUCAGGCAUUGUAUUGCUACCACUGCUUUUGCCAAUUGCCAUCACUGAACGUAACGCCGGUAUUGUGGAUUCUACUGGGAAAAAUGCUUUCGAUGAUCUCGACAAGCUAUCAAUGGCACAUCUCAAUAACAGAAGCGCACGGUUAUGGGCUUUCAUGGCAUCUUGCUAUUGGGUUUCGUUUGUUUCAUAUUUCCUUUUGUGGAGAGCAUACAAACACGUUUCCGAUCUGAGAGCUACAGCAUUGAAGUCUCCUGAAGUGAAACCCGAACAAUUUGCUAUUUUGGUCAGAGACAUACCUUAUUCAUCCGAAGGUUACUCUAGAAAUGAGCAAGUUGACACAUACUUCAAAUCAAUGUAUCCUGAAACAUAUUACAAGUCAAUGGUGGUCACAGAUAACAAAGAGGUCAACAAAAUCUACGAAGAGUUGGAAGCGUGUAAAAAAAAGGUGAGACGAGCUGAGAGCAUAUAUUCGGACUCAAAAAAAGAGCCAAACCCUCAAGGAGUGAGACCAACUCACCGACUUGGUUUUCUUGGUCUUCUUGGUAAAGAAGUGGAUACGAUUGAUUACUGUAAUGAGAAAAUUCACGAGUUAACUCCAAAACUGGAGGCUGCACAGAAAGAGACUCUUAGAGAAAAGCAACUAGCAUCAGCCCUGGUUUUCUUUAAUAACAGAACAACUGCGGCUGCUGCAGGUCAGUGCGUGCAUUCCCAGAUUGUCGACACAUGGACGGUCAUGAAUGCUCCUGAAUCACGACAAUUAUUAUGGACUAAUCUUUCUAAAACUUAUUAUGCGCGGGAGAUACGACAAUAUGUUGUGUACUUAAUUGUUUUCUUGACGAUAUGCUUUUAUAUGAUCCCCAUUGGGCUGAUUUCGGCUUUGACAACUCUAGCAAAUCUGAAGAAGUUGGCCCCCUUUUUGAAGCCAGUUGUGGAUCAGGCCGAAAUUAGAACAGUCUUGGAAGCUUAUCUUCCUCAGAUUGCACUUAUCGUUUUUCUGGCUUUGCUGCCUAAAUUCCUUCUGUUUCUAUCCAAGGCUGAGGGGAUUCCGUCUGAGAGCCAUGCUGUGAGAGCUGCAUCGGGGAAAUAUUUUUAUUUCUCUGUGCUUAAUGUGUUUAUUGGUGUCACCAUCGGUGGAACUCUUUUCGACUCUCUAAAAGCAAUCGAGGACAAACCAAACUCCUUCAUUCAGAUGCUGGCUUCAAGCCUUCCUGGAAACGCUACUUUCUUUCUGACUUUCGUGGCUCUCAAGUUCUUUGUUGGUUAUGGGCUUGAGCUAUCGAGAAUAGUUCCUUUAAUCAUAUUCCAUCUCAAGAGGAAGUAUCUGUGUAAGACAGAAGCAGACUUGAAAGAAGCUUGGUUACCUGCAGAACUUGGAUAUGCAACCAAAGUUCCUACUGAUUUGCUUAUUCUCACAAUUGUCAUUUGUUACUCCGUCAUUGCUCCUCUCAUCAUUCCUUUUGGUGCAAUAUACUUCGGCCUAGGAUGGCUCGUCUUUCGGAAUCAGAUCCUCAAAGUCUACGUCCCAAAAUAUGAGAGUUACGGAAAGAUGUGGCCCCAUUUGCACGUGCGCAUCUUGGGCGCGUUAAUCCUAUUCCAAAUAACAAUGGUCGGGUAUUUCUCAAUAAAGGAGUUCAUCUACAGCCCGCUAAUCAUUCCACUUCCAAUAUUCUCCCUCCUCUUCGCCUUCGUUUGUAGCAAGAAAUUCUAUGGGUUUUUCCAAACCACGGGUAUAGAGGUUGCGAGCCAUGACCUAAAGGAGACUCCAAACAUGGAUCUUAUCUUCAAAUCCUUCAUCCCUCCAAGUCUCAAUCCCGACAAACUUGACGAUGAACGGUUGGAUGAUGGGGGGGCAUCGUACGAUUUGAGGCCUGGAUUGGAUGCUUAUGCUCAAACUCAAGAUGUUUAAUGUGUAGUAAACUUUGUUUGAAAAUGAUUUGUUGGUUGAUAGUGUUCUAGUUUUUGUGAUUGUGUGAUUAUUCUGUAAGAAAAUGUUGUUCUUGUUGUGAAAACUCAAAUAUGUAACAUAACACUUUCAUCAUGUAUUUGUUUGAUCAACUCCAUCCAGUAGUUGGAUCAAAUGUUUGUUUUUGUUUUUCCUAGGAUUAGUUUAAUGAUUUAUUCGUUUAAUUAUUAAAUAGUGUUUGUUUUUUGU